GCAGUUCUCAUUGAUAUCCCUUGGAAUAGGAGCAACGCGAUGCGAGCUGAUGCGCUCCUUGAGCGUGCAACGCGCUGUGCCAGCCUGGAUCUGCAACGCAGUGGUUUCGUACCCUCCGCUGCGGAGGCUCUGGCGAUCAACGAGAUCACGACCGAACUGGAAUCAGAAGUGCCAAAACUUGAUGCCGAGAUCCGUCGACUCUCUCAGCUCCGCGCACAGAUCCUUCAGCAGCGCGAUAUCCAUAAGUCUAUCGUCUCCCCUGUUCGCCGCCUCCCGCCCGAAACGCUCUGGGAUAUAUUCCUCGAGCUCGUCGAUGAGGAGAUUUGGGCCGGCGACGCGGUCUUCAUCGUUCGGCACGUUCUGUCAUGUGUCUGCGCCUCCUGGCGCGCCGUCGCGCGAAGUACGCCUGCGCUUUGGCAGAGAAUUCCUACGCAGCUACAUUCAGAGGCAAUGUCGCCUGAGUGGGUGGACUACGCGAAGCACGCUGCUGAGAGCGCGACGCUUGCUGGUGGUCUACCGCUCGAGAUCCACCAUCAGGACGGAAGUCGGGAUGCUCCCUUCCUCGAUGUUGUCGAGCAGUUGGCGCCACACCUUGCGCGGGUAGAGGCAAUCUGUGUCCAAGGGCGAUUCUCGCUCUUUGAGGCGCUCCGAGCCACCAGCCUUCCCGCUCUGCGCGAAGUAUUUAUGGAGAUGCGCGGCCAGCCAACGACCCACCCUAUGCAUUUCCUGACCGCAUCCCCUGCGCUGCUCAGCCUGGACGUGCAGUACUUCAACGAAUCCGAAUAUCCACUGCUCAAUUCGCUUCAUCUACCAGCCCUCCCCAAUCUGACGGAGCUGUCUCUGGAGAUCCAUGCGACAAUCUCACGAACGACGCUUCUCAAAGCGCUGAGCGCAUGCGCCGGCACUCUCGUUGAGCUCAGCUUGCGCCUGUCGCUCACUGAUGCUCUUAUGUCCGGCGAGUCGCCAGCGUCAAUUGAGCUUAUAAGCCUGAACGCUCUACGCACCCUCUGCUUUGGGAACGGCGCUUACGAUAUCUUGGACACCAUCGCCGCGCCCGCAUUGAAACACGUUGGCCUGCAUGCCGUGUCCGAACUUCUCGAUGGGGACCCUUUUCCGACCCUGGGCGCCUUCCUCUCGCGCCCCUCCGCACCCCGCGGGCUCGAGAAGCUGACUCUGGCCGUUUCCAUUGGCCAAACGGGGACAUUCCUUCGGUGCUUGGAGCAGAUGGAAGAGCUCACUCAUCUGAGUAUCCACAGCGCUGCGUUCAACGGCCUGGCGCACGAGAGCGUCUUCGCGCGGCUGACGUGCGUGGACAAUGCGCCGCCGCUCCUCCCGCGGCUCACCUCGUUCGAGACUUCGCUCCCACCGCCGGACCGGCGGUCCCCGCGGGCGGAGAGUAAGCUGCAGGAGAUGAUCGCGUCGAGGAGGGUGCCGCGCGUAUGCGCGUCGCGUGGGGUAGCGGCGCUCGAGGAGGUGGAGGUCAAGUUGGGUGGUAUUGAAGAGGACCGGUCCGACGGGAGUGAUGCGGAAGAGGAUAGCGAAGGGGAGGAUGAAGAGGAAGGGGAGUCAUCGUAGUUUUGUGUUACUGGUAGGUUGCCGACACUGAAAUGCGGCCCGGCCCCAUGCUAGCUUGAAUCGGGGGCAAGUGAUCACAUAUCUUGGGGUUGAUGACAAACCUGAAUAGAUACUGUCAAUGUCAUAGAGUCGAGGUCCUAACCUCGACUCGAUUCGAGAUCCAU